AUGGCUACGGCCACAGCACCAGCACCCGCACUCGCACCCGCAGCAGCAGCAGCAACAGCAGCAGCAGCAACAGCAAAUGGUGGUUUCGAAGCUGCGGGCCAUGCCCCGACUCUGAAUCCCACACUCUCUUCUUCUGCUACGGUAUCCGCAUCCGCGUCCGCGUCCGCGUCUCCUUCAUCCUCAUUCUCUUCGCAAAGUGCUGUUGCAUUCCAUACUCCCUCACUUUCUGCGACAUCGUCAGCAAAUUCACCCUCUUCACCUUAUCACGCACAUCGGCUGAGCCACAACUCGUCCAAGCUUCCCGCUUUUCGAUUCGCCGACUUACACAAGCAAUACCAAUCCCCACGCCUAGUGCUCCCCUCACUACUGCAGCACAUCCCGCCGUCGCCUGUCUCGCCUAAAUCGACUCCAACAUCCAACGAAAUUCACUCGGCACCUCCAGCUAACAUUGCUGGUACUGACACUGCCGCCGCCGACAUAUUCACCGACCUGAACGCCGUCACUGACAUUGGCAUUGGCAUAACCACAGAGACUGACACCGCCUCUCCCACCACCCUGCCAACAACGUCAGACCUGCAGCUGCACCAGCAGCCACAACAACACAACGCCGACCCGGAAAACAACAUCCCACCCCAAAACACCCGCUCGACUUCACUUCGACUACACGAUCGGCGCCCUUCCCAUCGUCAAUUGUCGCAACUCUCCCCUCGCAUUUCGAGUCCCAUUCACGAACUGCCCGAGUCGCCUCCAAAACUCAGCCCUCGAUCCCGCGCAUCAACGUAUCAGAUUGCUACCCAGUCGACCCCUGCAACUUCAGCCACCUCACCCAGACGGCCCGCGUCUUAUCCCGACCGCCCCGUCAUUGUGCAGACCAUCUCAUCCCACGGCAACGUCGCAGACCUCAAGACACCUGCCCCUCUCUCCCGACUACAAACUCGACGAGCGGCUGCAUACCGAUCCCGCGAGUCGAAUGCGACCGAUACCGAGUCACCACCCGCAGAGACCGAUCACUUGCAAACCCCCGACACACCCGACGAAGUCGCUCAAUUCCCAGGCGACAAAACAACAAAGGACUGGGCCAAGGGACAGCGCGAGCUGAUACUGCCAAAGACAUUGGAGAACUCAAGCCCGACAGAUGAAAAACGAAAGUCGAUAGCUUCGCGACCCCCCGUAUCCUUCAAAGCCACUACCGCUAGCACCCAGACCACCUCGGUGCGCGUGGCUCCCAUCCGUUCCUUUCGCUCAUCCGGGUCUCGUCGAAGUCUGGGACUCGACAGUAGCACCUCGACCAUGCGGUCUUUUGACUUUGGCGACGACUACGCCGACUCCAAUCAGCGCGACCGCACUCUGCGCGCCCUUGAAGGCAGACGCGACGACGACUAUUCGCAAAUGACACCGCCGUUGUCGGCCGACGCCGACGACACAACGGGUGACGUCUUUAUGAAAAUCGCCAGACAGGAGCCAACGCGCCGUAGUUCUAAAGAGGUUGCGCCAGCGGAGCAGCCAAGUGCCAUAAGUUUCGCCAUGGAUGAUCGUGAGCUUACUGACGAUGAACAACAGGCCCGUGUCGCAAGAUCUUCGCAUCGCCGACCCCUCUCCGCAGCUGUUCCAUUGUCUUAUCAUCAUCCCGUCUCCCCACCCCAAAUCAGUCGUCGUCUGUCCGACCAGCAAGAGACCUCUAAGAAGAGAAUACGCCAAUCGUCGGAGGACGACAGCGCCGCUGACCCAAUGGCUCGCGCUUUGGCGUACCGAUCGCCUUUGACUCGAGACCGCCCGUCGUCCGCGCAUCCCGGCGAAGACCUUGGUCGCGCAAAGACUUUCCAUCAAUCUUCCUCUCGCUCGACCGUCAACACACCCCGGUCCUUCACCUUUCAAGAUCCGAUGGGAGAGAACUCUCCAUAUGCACGGAGAAGACCAUCUUUGACAGACAGCAAUACCGGCUACUCGGCGCGGGGCUCGGCGUACAGACAAUCGAAUUUAUCGUAUGGCCAGACGCGCACGUACAACUCUUCGCCCUUGGUUCCCAAAUCGAUUGAAGCCCCGCGCACCGAGUCGCAUCAAGACGCAGCAACGACCGUUGAAGGAACCGAAUCGACGGCAACAGCAUCCACAAAUGCACCGUCGACAGUGUGGGACGAAUUGGAUGAUCUCAAGUCCCGCAUCCAUCGCCUGGAAUUGACCGGCAAACUGCCCAAGACCUCGGGCGCUGCCAUGUCUCGAGCCUCAGACGACCGCCCACCGACCGCAACUAACACGACAAUGUCCACCUCGCCGAAACGAGCUUCCGAAAGCCAGCAUCCCCACGCCGACGCUAUCAGCACGACGUCUUCACAACGCGAGGUCCAGCAGCCCAUCCUCCUUUCUGCUGUCAGCAAGUCCAAGCCAUUCCUUAGUGAAGAGGUGGCAAAGGCACUCGAAGUGGCAGCAACAGACGCUCUAGCACUGGCCAACAUGAUGGGGACGGCAGGCCAACCUGGGCCCAUCUCAAGCGGCGCCAGCACCAUUGGCGUCGGCACCAGUCUGACAGACCGUCAAUUGCGACGCAAGGCUGACAGCAUCUGCCGAAGUCUCACGGAGUUGGUUUUGGCCUUGAGCGAGGAAGCGGUUGGCAACAAGACUCUCCAAAUCAACGUUCCUACACCCAAGGAAACGACGACACCAGUCACACCGACCAUUAACAAGACCUUCACCGGCGGGUCAUCUGGUCAGCGACGCCCUAGCAUAACGUCCGAGCAGCAGACUCUCCCGAAGCCCAAUACCAAUACGGUCACCAGCCCCAGGGCCCUUUCAAAAUACGAAGAGAGGCGAAACACCAUGCUUAACCCGGCUUCGCUUCCCAGUCCCAGGUUUGCCCUUCCACCUGGCACCAUUCCCAGCACUCCUGGAGACGGUAGCAAAAUGGCGAACCGAAAGUCAUCCUUGUUCAUUGGUCGGUCGCGACGGGCUGUUACUGAAGAGCCUGAGGAUGGUCGUAGGUCGUCCAUGCUUCUGAGGACCCGACGAGCAGGCACAGAGGAGCCGGAGGACUCACGCGAAGCAGUAGGUCGUGAGACUGGACGUCAAACCUCACUGCUUCGCUCGCGCAGGGGAACUGUCGGUGGCGAAGACGAAGAUGAAUCUAGGUUCCGCGCCCCGUCCCGCGCUGCUACAGAGCUCACCACCCCGGCCCGCGCGGUCUCUCACACCUACUACUCAAACACAAACUCUAACGAACUAUCAUCACCAGCUUCUUCUGCCCUGCCUCGCAGACGGUUCGGAGCUUCAUCCAUCACCUCUCGGCUGGUUGCGCCUUCCACGCCAUCGCUGGCGACACGCCGCUAUCUGGAAAGAACUCCAGAACGCGAACAACCUUCCUCGGCCGAGAAAGCCACAGAAGAACGGCCGCAACAAGUAGUUGCGCAGCCGCGGCACUUUUCUCUCAGUCAUACUUCGUUGCUGAACCGGGCUAGCAGCAUUAGCCGCAGGCCGAAUCGCGACAGCACGAUAACGAAUUCAUCAACGGCUGCUCAGUCGGGCAGUUACCGAUAA